GAAGUCGUUAUUGCACAUUUCCGUAAUUUGCGUUACAGUGAAGUAUAUAUAUAUAGUAUUUAAUGAUGUUUAAUCUUCAGACGUCUUCUACCGCCAUGAAGCUUCUUCCUCUCGCGUGUCUUUGUCUCCUGACUCAGUCUGGAACAACUCUUGCUGAUGGACAGGGUCCAGCGAUCAUCAAAGUGAAACAAGGGAGUGAUGUUAUUUUACCCUGUUCCCUCAGCAACAAGGACAUUGAGAAGGAACGCUUUGAGUGGAAGAAAGAUGGUCAGAAGGAUGUUUUCUUCUAUGAUGGAGGCACUGUAGAUCAGCAGUUAGAAGGUCGCGUCUCACAUUUUUCAGAUGAGCUGCAGUACGGCAAAGCCUCCAUCAUCAUCAGAAAUACGAAGGUGACCGACAGUGGAAACUACACCUGUGAUUUUCCACUUCUUCAGCAAAGUCCAGUCCUCAUUGAGCUUGUUGUUGAGCCAGUGAUCGUCAAAGUGAAAGAAGGCAGUGAUGUUAUUUUACCCUGUUCCCUCAGCACCAAGGAGAACAUUGAGUAUAAACUCUUUGACUGGAAGACAGAUGAUCAGAAGGAGGUUUUCAUUUAUGAUGCAGGCAAGACUUACGGUCCAACCAAAACAGGUCAAGAUGAGCAGUUCAAAGGUCGCGUCUCACAUUUUCAAGAUGAACUGCAGUACGGCAACGCCUCCAUCACCAUCAGAAAUACGACGAUGACUGACAGUGGAGACUACACCUGUGAAUUUCCACAUCUUCAGCCAAAACAAAUAUUCCACAUUCAGCUUGUUGUUGUUGGUGAGUGUUUUCAUUAAACAGUUAAAGAUUUAUUUACUGAUAUGACGGAUGGACUUUUGUCAAGUAGUCAGAAUAAACAUCUGUCUGGGCCUCGUCUAUUAUCAAGUUCAUAGUAUUUCAGAAGCACUUUAACAUAUCUUUUGUUUUGC